AUGAACGGGGGGCAGAAAGGGUGUAAAGCAGGAUGGCAGAAUAAAGAGCAUGAGACACCAGGUUCAAGAGCUCUGGCUUGUAUCUUUUCCUGACACUUCGCACACAAAAACUACCCGAAUUGAGUAGGCAGUAGGCAGUUAUAUUGUGGCACGAAACCGCACAGAUAAUAGUUGUAUUGACGUUUCAGUUUAUGCGCUGCUCAACAACCAGUCAGCCUACAAAUUGGUUAGCACGUUAGCUUACGCUGUCGCCGCAACUAGACUGUAAUGUGGACCUGUGAUGUUACAUUAUAAAUACUGCUGUGUUUUCCUUCAGGGACAGAUGAGGACACCGAGGGAUGGAUCUGGUGGCAGGGACAGAACAAGGCCCUGUUCAUGGGCAAAAUGAACGCCGCCAUAAAGGGUUUUGAGUAAGAAAUUUGUGUUCAUGCACCGUUGUACCGUGGAUUUAUUUAUUGUAAACACAUGCUUGAACUGGAGCCGACCGGAACACAAACGUUGGCCAGGUCGGCCUCUAGCUUUGUUGUUAUCAGAGCAGCAUUCUACGAGCCGCAAACGCUCCACACCACUUGACAGAACAUAAUAUGAGAGUUGCCGACUUGACCGUCAUGCCUCAAUACCCAAUACGUCUUGCUUGUUUUGAGCGUUAUGUUCCAUAUUUCUCUCAAUCAGUAUAAGUUGUUGCUAUUGGUUGUAACAAGAUGGGGGAAAAGCUACUGCCUAAUGUAGAAAUAAUAUGAAUAUGGAGAACUUGAGGACACAUGAUGGUAACUCUGUAUGUAAAUGGUAAAUGUGAACAUUGUUCUGACAGUGGCUUGUAGGCACUCACUACGUUCAUGUGCCCUUUUGUUUGCCCCUUGUUUGUCAUCCUUGUUUAGGGCUUUCAUCAAGGAGCAUGGGCUGGAGGGCCAGGUGGAGCAAAGUUUUAUCAAAAAAAAAAAAGGGAAAACCUCAAACGGAAAUAUAGGGAGGUAUGACAAACACUUCAGUAUUUAGGUUUCGCACCAAUACAAUGAAUGCUUAUGUUUUUAGGUUUUACGAUAUAAUCUGGUACGAUAUAAUAUGUUAUUUGUUACGAUAUAAUCUGGCUAUGUCAGAGUUCAAACUGUCAGUGUAAAAGGGACCCAUGUUAUCAGAUUAUCUUUGUGUGUGUGUCAUUUGCCAGGAGCUCAAGGCACCACCAACAGGGGUCAGCACAGAGGGAGGAGCAGCCACUGCUGCAAACUGGAAAUGGUUUAAUAUCAUGGAUGAGGUGAUGAAGGACCAUCCCACCAUAUCACCGCCCAACCUUAUCACCUCAUCCAUGACACCAGCAGCAGUGGCCUCUCCUCCAAAUCCAAAUUCUUAG